GUGGAAUAAAAUAUAAUUUUUAUUAUAAUUUAAAAAUGUGGAACUUAGAAUUAGGCUUUCCUGAAGAUGAAACUAUCCAUGAUGGUUUCUGUACAAAUACACUUCUAAAGCUAUGUGUAGAGAAACCGAUAAAAAAGUUACCGGAAGUUCAUGCAGUGACUGAAAAUAAAACUAUUGCAUUAUCAAUUGAUAAAAGUGUAUUUAUAUUAGAAAACGAAGAUGUUACAAGUAACCCAAAAAGUAUUACGUUUGAUUCAAAAGUAGAAGCUUUGGGAAUCACAAUGAAUGGCGAUGUUAUUGUAUGUGCGUUGGAUAAUGGACAUAUUCAUGGAAUUUUUUCAAGAGGUUAUCCUGUAUUCGAUUUAACUAUUGAAGAAAAUGAGAAUGGGCAAAAUUGUAAAGUAAUUGCAAUUAAUCGAGAUUCAGAAAAUAGUUUUAGAGUAUUUCUUUCCAACGGCAGUAUUUAUUAUUUAAGCAAUAUUGAUGAAUCUCAACUUUAUAGUAGUAAAAUAGCCGGCAUCACCAUAGAAGAUAAUUUAACUUUCGAGGAAGUGCUUUUAGAAAACGUUAAACUUGAAAAAAUACCUAACAUAUUUGGUUUGAAUGAAAUCUCUUAUUGUUACUUUUUAAGUUUUGAAGAAGAUAUAACAAGUUUAGACAACACUUAUAUAUACAUAUCUGGAAAUCUCGAUUUUAUCAAAUUUCAAAAUAAUAGAUUUACAACGAAAAUAUUGCCACCAAAAGAAUAUGGUGGUAUCAAAAACAUUUUUAGCUUUCAUUCUUACAUAGUGGCUUUGACUGUUAGUGGACAAAUAUUUGAAAUUUGCCCAUAUACGCGAACUUUAUUUGCUAAUUUCACUGAUUCCUUAAAUUACAGCAUAGAGGAUAUUGUUGUUAUAGAAGCUAACAAUGAAUCAAUUGAACUUUUGUUAUUAUGCAAAUCCAAGGAUACGGAAGAAAAAUCCAUUAAAGUUGUAAAAUUUCCUUCAUUUGAGAUUUUAAACGAAAUUUCACUUACAAGUUUAGCAUGGCUAGUUUUACAGCCCAAAGAGUCCGUUAAUCUAUAUUAUUUAAGUAGUGAAAACUUAAACGAUCAACAGCUUCCACUAGAAAUCGAAAUGAAAGUUGUCAAAGAGACCCAGCCGGAAGAAAGACUGAAAAAAUUAAUUCAAAAAGGUCAUUUAGAAGAAGCUGAAGAUUUUGGAAAGAAAUUUGAUUUAAGUUUGCAGCCAGUUUACAAGGCUAAAAUCCGUAAAUACAUACAUAGCAUUAGUUUAUUUACCGAAAAUGACUUACAUUCAAUUGACACAGUUUUUUCAAAUCUUAUAAGUACUUUAAAACUUAUUGAAGAUAAAAAAUUUUUUCAUGAAAUUUGCAUGAUUGAAAUUCCUAGUCGCCAGUGUCUCGAGAAAUACUUGGAAAUAAUGCUAUUAUUUUUAGAUGAAGAAAACUACUUCGAAGAUUUGUUACUCAUAAAAGAACAAUUGUUGCGCUUAAAAACUCUUGAUAUAAUUGAUCCAUAUGAAUGCAAUCGGGAUUGGCAAAAAUUUGUUCAUCAUCCAAAUAUAAUAAAAGUAUGUGCAUCUUUUUUCAGUGUUGAUAUGUGUAUGGCUUGCAUUAUAUGGAAGAGACAUUCAACUUCAAUAAUUCCAUACCUUGAUGAAAAUGCCAUUCGAAAUAUUCUAAAUCUUCUUCCAUCAACAAUUGAAGCCUUUAGUAUAAUUCAAUGGUUAAGAUGUUUCAUACCAGGUGUAAUACAAAAUUUUCCUAAGUCAAUGCGACAUAUCGUUGAGUGGAGUAUAAAAAAGACUAGAUCUCUUCAAUUUUGUAAUUAUUGGCCCGCAAUCGGUUUAGAAUUUUCUACAAAAUUAUUGGACAUUUUCGAAAACGUAAAUUUUUUACAUUCCGAUAUACGCAGACAAUACGAUGCGUGUAUAGAAAAUUUAAAAAAUAUUACAAAUAUUUUAGAAGAUCUCUUAGUACUUAAAAACACUUAUAACCUAGUGUUUGCACUGGAUGAUUAUGAGAAAAAUUCAAUGGAUCAAACUACGCUGAAAAUAUUAGAGCGUGUUCAAACAACAAUGUUAAGUAGCCUUGUAAAAGAUUUUUUAUAUCCAAUAUACAGAGAAAUGGGAAAAACCCCAAUUAAUUCAUUAAUAAAGCAUAUAGAGUUUUUAGUUUCAAGCCGUAAUGGCUUUACAGCUUGGAUAGAACGUGCAGUGAUUUUGAUUAAUUUGUUACAUAACGAAGAACAAAAGCUAAGUAGUGCUUUGCUUGUAUUAAGGUCAACGCCGGUUCCAUGGCCUGAAAGUGUUCAACCUUUGUUAGAAUUUAGAAAUUCGAGUCACGCUCUCGCUAUAGAAAUAAACACAUUAUGCGAAAUGCAAAUUGUAGAAGCCAUGAAAAUUAAAUAUGGGUGGGAAACGAAUAUUACUGAUUCUAAUAUAAAGCUGUUAAGUAGAAUUGUUUACAUGGAUUUGCCUGAUAUGUUUGAAGAUAUCAAAAAUUUAACAGCAGCAGAUCCAUCUUUGGAACUGCUCGCGAACUUUUAUUGUUGCUUUGAACUGGGUAGAAAAGGAAAAAUUGAAAGGGCUGGAGAAUUCUUAAAUUCUUUAAACCUAUCUGAACGACAAUUUUGCUGUGAAAAGUUGAUUAAUAUUAUAAUGGACAUCUUAGAAGAUAGCGAUACAACCGAUAUAGAUGAAGAAAAUGAAUAUUUGCUCAAAUUGAUAAAGUCAACAAUUGGUUUUAUAAAUGAAGAUGCAAAACAAUUAAUUAAGACUAUAGAAAACGUUAUAUUAUUGAAAAAAAAUUUUUGUAUUAAAAUUCAAGUAAGCAAUCUGUACAAGGAAAGCUUUAAAAAAACUGCUUUGCAACAAGGAAUAUUAUAUUUGAGCAAAAUGAUAAAUGAAAAAAUACAAAUAGAUGAUACUAAUAAUUUGAUGAAUUCAAUAUGGCAUAGCGUUAAUGAAUUAUCUAACGCUUUAGAAUUGGAUAAAAUUUACGGUUUACUUUCAAUGGCUAAGGCCGUUGGGAAUAUACAUUUUUCGUGUGCCCUAGCAUAUAAUGUCAUAGAGUUUAUCGAUUGUACCUCAUCUAAUUUUGAAUUGUUUGUAGAAUUUGCAAUUUUAAUAGUGUCACAACAGUUACUUUUUGACCAAGAACAGCUUAAUGAUAUUGAAGAUCCAUUGGCAUACCCAAUAGCUUUCGAACUGUUGAAGAAAGCUGCUAAUUACAUAAAACUUUUUGAAAUUGAAAAACUUUCAAAAUGGAUUAGAAUCGGUUCAGAUUUAUAUGGUGUUAAUGCUAUACAAAAUGUUUACUCAAUAAACAAUGGCAUCAACAAUAUUUUAUUAUCGCACUUUAAUCGAGAUCAAAAUGUUAAAAAUGUUAAACAGAGUAAAAAACGGGACUCGUUUUCAAUUUUCGACAUCCCCACAAAUAAAGCUUGCGCACAAGCGGCAAAAACUACUUCUGAUCCAACAUCGGUUUUACGCUGUUUAUCAUUAGCCCUGGUUUUAGUAAUAUUGCAAUGUGAAAAGGAAGGUAAUGAUGUUUUCAAAAGAUUUGAUCAGUACCUACCGGAUAACUUGACGGAAUCUUUAGAAAAAUUCUUAGAAAAAUUUUAUAUAAGUUUUGAACAUUUAGUCAAAUCGAAACAGCAUGAAUAUUGGUAUAAAAUUGCUCAAUUUCUAAUGGACUACCAAAAAAAUUUUAGAGUAAAAAUUAUAACUCCAGUAUUCUUAUCGCUGCAUAUGCGAAAAAUAUUCAGAGAUGCUUUGGCACAAAAAAACCCUAAUUUCCCCAAUUUAUUUGGUAUGCUUAUAUGUGAUCACGAUCCAAAAUCCUUUCUAAAUAAUCUUUUUAAUGAGCUCAAAAGUGAACAUCAAAAAAUGAAUUAUUUUUGUCUAUCGGAGAGAUAUUUUUCUUUGAUAGACGAUACUGAAAAAGUUGUUCAGCAAAGACAAAGCCGUCUUAAAUAUUUUUAUUUUGCUGAACUGCGAAAACAGGGUCCGGAUCAAGUGAAAAAUCGUGACAUCGAUACAAUUCUUUUUGAUGAAUUAAAAUACGAAUUGUUAAGUAAAAUCCUAAAUAUUAAUUUAUUGGAAAAAUUUUGUGAUGAUUUUGAUUUAAAUUACCAAAGUGUUUUGAUAUCGCAAGUAAUUAAUUUGUUAAGAAAUCAAGAAUUAUUAUUUGACAUCAAAUUGGACCAAUUUGGGAAAGAGGAGCUAGUUGUUAAAACAUUCGCUAAUGAUAUACGCGACUUAUGUCAACCUUAUAUUGAUAAAAUCGAAAAUAAAAAAGAUUUAGGUGGAUUUUUGCUUAAUUAUAUACCAAAAAUUAACUCCUAUUUCUAUGAAAUGUACUUAUGUGUUUUUGAAAUAUUGUUAUCUUUAAAAAUAUUGUCUGUUGAAGACACAAAAAGAUUCAAAUUAUUCUGCAGUAUACUGACAUUUUUAAAACAUAAAACGGUUACAAGAAGGAAAGGUCGUCCAACUGAUGUUGAAACUGAAUCUUGGUUAAAAAAUCAAACUGAUAAAACAACUUUAUCGAAUGUAGCUAAAUAUCGAUUGCCAUUCUCAUUCUUUUUUGAUGAAAUGAAUUUGGAUACGAUAAUGAGGAAUGAUAUUGACAUUGAUAAUUGUGAAGGCUGGUUUCCUUUAGUGAAAUUUUAUUCGGAACUAUCUCAAAAAACAGUUAAUAAACAGGAUCACAUUAUUAUAUCAACAAUAAAAAGGGCAAUUACAAAAUAUUGCAGGGAUUACGAUACAUGGCAAUUAACACCAGUUAAUAACGCUUUCCUACAAUCGGUGCUUCGCUUACUUCAGCAUAUAUCAGAUAAAUCUAUGAUACUUGCUAUCCUCUAUAAUUUAACAAAUAAUGCUCCUGAUGGAGCUGAUCAAGUUGAAGCUGCUUUUGAAUGCUAUAAAUUUGCGAUUCAAAAUGAACAAGAGUUACUUAAAGCCAGCCGUCCACAUGCAAAUGACGAACUAAUUUCCAAAAUCAAAAGAAAAUAUCCAUUCUAUAAAAUGCAGCAUUUAUUACAUAUUUAUGGUUUGGUUGAAGAUAAGCUAAUUCAAUUAAUUGAAAGCCCAAAAGAUUUGAUAGUAGCUUUAUAUCAUCACGAAUCUCUAUUGAAAAAUCGUAAACCAAAUAUAAAUCAAUUGGCUGCUGAAAUUGCUGAAUUAAUGAAUAUAAAUUUAUUGAAAUUGCAACAUUCUAUCUUAGAGAGAUGGUUAUCGUGCUCAAAUGAUGCAGAUGUCCACGAAAUGGAAGAAACGUUUUAUGAAGAUUUAAAUGGAAAUGAUACAUUUAUAAAUACCGAAGGAUUUACAGCGGAAUUCGUUACAAGAUCCCAUUAUAUUUUAAGUAGUUGGACACCAAAAAGUGCGAUCAGUUUUCUGCUUUUAAAUGUGUUUCCUUCCGAUGGAAGCAUGAAUGCAGGAAAACAGUUGCAAGCUGUCGAAUGUUUCUGUAGAUUAAUUGAUGGCACGGUUGUUGAUGAAGAAUAUUUAAAAAUUGUAAAUCAACAGCAAUUUAUGAUUAUAAAAUGUGUUUAUUAUUUAAAACAAUUAGGGUUUAAUUUUACAAUUGAUAAAUUUGAAAAAUAUGAUAAAUUAAGCUUAUUAAAGAAAAUUUGGCAAAAUUAUUCGGAUAAACCUUUGGCAAUGGAAAUAAUUGCUAAUAUAUGCAUAGGUUUUAACAUACAUGAACCUAAAAUAUGGAAUUCGGUUUUAAAACAAAUGGUUAAUUUUCAUAUGUUGAAAGAGUUAGAUGCAUUAGUAGAAGUUUUAUCAUGUAAAGCACAACUUUUAUAUACUGACGGCUUGAAAAUUGUAUGGGAGUAUAUUUUAAAAGCGCCAUUCAAACAUGCUAAUCGAAGUCGUUCAUUUCAACAAGAUGAAUUGUUGUCGAAAAAUUUAUUUAGGAUUCAGGGUUGUCCAUUGAUAGAUGAGCUUAAUUUAAUUGAAAUAGCUGAAGAUUGUAUACGUUUAGAUCGUCCACAUUUGGCUGCAAUUUUAAUGGGUUUGUGUAAAAAGGAGCAAAAAGAAACAAUCAAAAAGUUAGUGAAAAAUCAUUCAAAUAAUAAGCUAAAAGAAGACGUUAUAGAGCUUCAAGAAUGUGGAAUUCUGCAAAGUAUAAUCAAUAAUGUCUUAAAGGAAUUAGAACUGUAG